AUGGGCUUCCAUAGAUCAUCCAGGGGCAUCAAUCUCAAGGAUAAGCACAUCCUCGCUGCUUACUGCCAGCGACCCUCCGGGGAAAUUGAAUAUUCAGAGCUGGAUCUGAAUGAAUUUCUUGGGGUAAACAAGGGACAAUUGGCCUGGGGCUCCCACGACUUCUCGAAAAGUUCACGCGAUGUUGACUUCAAGCUAGAAGGCCCCGAAAAUGAUCCCAUGCUGCACGCGCAACUCGAUGAUGGCCAAGGAAACGUCCAAGAGAGCCAGGUGAACCUGGGACAUUGCAUCAAAAAUGAGGAUGGUCAUUUGAGGUUCAUGGAAUGUUUCUAG